AUGAACGCCGUCUUAGUAGCCAUCUUCCUGAUUGUUGGAAUCUACGCCGCUGAUGUUGGAACACAAACCAGGGUAGGAAAAUACCUUUAAAAAAAUAGAAGAAUAAUUUUCAAUCUAUAUUCUUAUUAUAGGAUGCUUUCAUCUUGGCCCACAAAAGCCCAUUGUCUUUGUACGCCGUAGAAAACAUGGAUUUGGUUAUUGAGUACGGACUCUACAACGUUGGAGACAAACCAGCAACCAAAGUCACCAUUGAUGAUCGUCACUCAUUCCCAACUCAAUCGUUCGACAUUAUCAAGGGACUUCUCCACGUUAACUUCGAGAAAAUCGCUCCAGGAACCAAUGUCACCCAUUCAGUCGUUCUCCGUCCACGUGCCUACGGAAUGUUCAAUUACACAUCAGCUCAAGUCACCUACUACACUGGAAAUGAUAACCUCCACGUUUCAUACAGCAGCGCUCCAGGAGAAGGUUGGUUUUUCAUUUUGUUUGAAAAAAAACACUGUUAUUCAUUUUAUUUUUUCAGGAUACAUCUACCGUCAACGUGAAUACGACAGAAAAUUCGCACCAAAAUACACAUUCUUCCUCACUUUCCUCGCUUUGGUUGCCCCAACAACCAUCGGAUCAUACCUUCUUUUCCAAAAAUCCAAAUCUCGCUUCGACGCCUACGCCAAGAAGAAGAACUAA